GCGUCUCUGGCUCUUCGCUCCCCCACCUCACGGCGUCUCUAGCAAACGUCCUGCCUCGAACUACCGCGAAAAAGGGAGGAGGGUCAUGUCCAACCCAGAGAAGCCGCUUUUAUCCCGCCCCCAGGCCCCCCUGUCUGCAGAUUGGAAAAAGCUCAGCUCCGGCCACUACCGACUGCACUCGGAUCUCGGCGGCAGCGGCCAGGGUGGGGACAGCUAUAGAGCUCAGAAGGCUGGGAACGCCCGCGGUUUCCCCUUGCUCCUGGCUCGCACAGCCCGGGGCACAGACGGUCCGGGCCCGGGCGCCGUUUGCUUCUCUUCCUGCAGCGCUCGCGGCCGCGGUGGCGGCAACGGCAGCAACGGCAACAGCAGCGGGGUCGUAUCCCGAGUUCCUUUCUCUGUUCCCUCUUCCUCCUCCCCUUUUCUUUCCUCUUCUCCAUCUUCCUUUUACUUCUUGCCGCCCCCGCCUCCCCCUCCUCCUCCUCCUCUUCUCCCUUCCUCCUCUUGCUUUCACCUCCCAGUGGGUUUCCAAGGAAGGGAAGCAGCAGCAGCAGCAAGAGCAGCAGGAGGAGGAGGACGUGGUGGAGGAGGAGGAGAUGUUGGAGGAGGAGGAGGAAGAGGAGAAGAAACAGCUCCCUUGAUCGUCCAUCCGAGCAGUAGUAGUAGCAGCAGCAGCAGCGGCAUCAGCAGCGGCAGUGGUAGCAACGGCGGCAGCAGCAGCAGCAGCAGCAGGAGGCGGCGGCUGUUUUUCUCUCCUCCUUCACUUCAGGGUUUGCUGCUCCCAGCCUCCGUUGGUCCCCGGCUGCAGCCGCAGCAGCCGCCGCAGCCUCGGCUUCUCCUUUCCCCAACAAUCUGCAGCCUGUGGUCCUACAAUUUCCUAGGAACCUCAGGCGCAGCCCGCGCCGGUGGUGGGGUCGGAGGCGACGGCCCGGCUUACACCAGCAGUAGCAGCAGCAGCAGCCUCAGCAGCCUCAGCAGCAACAACAGCAGCAGCAGCAACCGCAAAAUUCAACAGCAGCAGCAGCAGCCUAAAGGCUCCUUCUUCUCCUUCGCUGCCUCCUCCCCCUUGUCACUAGGGUCAGACAUGGAACAUGAACCUUCUAAUAGUACAGGCUGUUUUAGAAGGUUUACAGAGUGUUUCUUGAACACGAGUCUGACAGAUGAAAAAGUGAAGGCCUAUCUUUCUCUUCACCCCCAGGUACUUGAUGAAUUUGUUUCUGAAAGUGUAAGUGCUGAGACAGUUGAAAAAUGGCUGAAGAGAAAAAACAACAAACAGGAAGAUGAAGGAAUUUCUAAUGAAAUCACCCGGUACCGGGAUACAAAUAUGCAAGGCGUUGUAUACGAACUAAACAGCUAUAUAGAACAACGGUUGGAUACAGGAGGAGACAACCAGAUACUGCUCUAUGAAUUGAGUAGACUCAUCAAAAUAGCCACAAAAGCAGAUGGAUUUGCACUCUAUUUCCUUGGAGACUGCAAUAAUAGUCUAUGUAUGUUCACACCACCUGGAGUAAAGGAAGGAAAACCACGACUCAUCCCAGCUGGGCCAAUUACCCAUGGUACAACAAUAUCUGCUUAUGUAGCCAAAUCAAGGAAAACAAUGCUAGUAGAAGAUAUCCUUGGGGAUGAACGAUUUCCCAAAGGUAUUGGACUGGAAUUAGGAACACGUGUCCAGUCUGUUCUCUGUUUACCAAUUGUCACUGCAAUAGGUGACCUCAUUGGUAUCCUUGAACUAUAUCGGAAUUGGGGCAAAGAAGCUUUCCACAUCUGUCACCAAGAGGUUGCAACAGCAAACCUUGCUUGGGCCUCAGUGGCAAUACAUCAAGUACAAGUAUGCAGAGGCCUUGCCAAACAGACUGAAUUGAAUGAUUUCCUCCUUGAUGUAUCAAAAACCUAUUUUGAUAACAUAGUCGCAAUAGAUUCUCUACUUGAACACAUAAUGAUAUAUGCAAAAAAUUUGGUGAAUGCAGAUCGUUGUGCACUUUUCCAGGUAGACCAUAAGAACAAAGAAUUAUAUUCAGACCUUUUUGAUAUUGGGGAGGAAAAUGAAGGGAAGCCUGUCUUUAAGAAGACCAAAGAAAUAAGAUUUUCUAUUGAUAAAGGAAUAGCUGGUCAGGUGGCUAGAACAGGGGAGGUCCUUAACAUCCCAGAUGCUUAUGCAGACCCACGCUUUAACAGAGAAGUAGACCUAUACACAGGUUAUACCACUCGAAAUAUAUUGUGUAUGCCUAUUGUGAGUCGAGGGAGCGUAAUUGGUGUUGUGCAGAUGGUAAACAAAAUAAGUGGAAGUGCCUUCUCCAAAACAGAUGAAAACAACUUUAAAAUGUUUGCAGUCUUUUGUGCUUUAGCCUUACACUGUGCUAAUAUGUAUCAUAGAAUUCGCCAUUCAGAAUGCAUUUACCGAGUAACCAUGGAAAAGCUUUCCUAUCAUAGCAUAUGUACUUCAGAAGAAUGGCAAAAUCUCAUGCAGUACACUGUCCCAGCAAACCUUCACAAAGAAAUUGAAUUAUACCAUUUUGAUAUCAGUCCUUUUGAGGAAAUGUGGCCUGCCAUUUUUGUCUACAUGGUACAUCAAAGCUGUGGAACAGCCUGCUUUGACUUUGAAAAGCUAUGUCGUUUUAUUAUGUCUGUUAAGAAAAACUAUCGACGAGUUCCUUACCACAACUGGAAACACGCAGUUACUGUGGCACACUGCAUGUAUGCUAUACUUCAGAAUAAUCAAGGGCUUUUUACAGAUCUGGAGCGAAAAGGACUUCUGAUCGCCUGCCUGUGCCAUGACUUGGAUCACAGAGGAUUCAGUAAUAGUUACCUUCAGAAGUUUGAUCACCCUCUGGCAGCUCUGUACUCCACCUCCACCAUGGAGCAGCACCACUUUUCCCAGACAGUAUCCCUCCUGCAGCUGGAAGGGCACAAUAUCUUCUCCACUCUGAGCUCCAGUGAAUAUGAGCAGGUGCUGGAGAUCAUCCGAAAAGCCAUCAUCGCCACAGACCUUGCUCUGUACUUUGGAAACAGAAAGCAGUUGGAGGAGAUGUACCAGACAGGAUCGCUAAACCUUAAUAAUCAAGCACAUAGAGACCGGGUAAUUGGCCUAAUGAUGACUGCUUGUGACCUUUGUUCUGUAACAAAGCUAUGGCCAGUUACAAGAUUGACAGCUAAUGACAUAUAUGCAGAGUUCUGGGCUGAGGGUGAUGAAAUGAAGAAAUUUGGAAUCCAGCCUAUCCCUAUGAUGGACAGAGACAAAAAGGAUGAAGUCCCUCAAGGCCAACUUGGCUUCUAUAAUGCUGUAGCAAUUCCCUGCUAUACCACCCUUAUGCAGAUCUUCCCCCCUACUGGACCCUUACUCCGGGCAUGCAGGGAUAAUCUUGGCCAAUGGGAGAAAAUAAUUAGAGGAGAGGAAAGUCUCUUAUGGCUUCCAAACCAGACAGGAAAUCAAGAGACCUCUUGCUCACUGUCUUUGAAGAUUGAUCAGCAAUGAUCAUUAGUAUUUGCCUGAAGGCUCAUUCUCAUCCUUCUUUUUUAUAUUGUUUUAUCUUAUGGAGGGAGCAUGAAAAAGAGAAAAGAGAGCCACACCUGCUAACUGGGACACAAACCUUUUCAAGGAAGGUAACAUCAAGGAGACACUUCAACUGGAUGACUACCUGCCAGUCUCAUCUGUGAUGUACUGUGAAGAAUGAGAAAACUAGGACUGCUCAUAUUUUGGGAUCAGCUGUCCAAGGGAACUCUAUGUGACUUGCAAAGUGGCCUUUUUUCAUGGGCUUUUGCUGAAGCCUUAAUUUAAAACUAAAAAAAAAAAAAAAAAAAAAAAAAAAAAAUCAUACCAUGAGGGUACUUUUUAAGUUGUAGCUUUCGAGAGAAGGUUUAAUGGUACUUUUACUGUAUUGUUCUUUGACAGGCUUUCACAACAAUGUUGCUUGGAAGUUCUUGGUUAUAAAUAGGAAUUUUUACACAUUACUAUGGUGAAUGUUUAUGUGUGAUCUACUUAUAAUCAGUUUGACCUCUAGCAAAAAACCUCAGCACCACAACUGUCAUUUCGGCUUCAGUAUGUGGAGUUUCUUUUCUAUAGUCAGGAGUGGGAGAAAAGCCAGUUUCUUAGUUCAGAACUCUGAACCCAUUUUGAUCAAUCAUUCCAAUUGAUCUGUUUUAUGUUAGGAGUUGCGAGUUAGGAGAUCUCCACUAAAAAAGAAAGAAGACAAUCCUGAUUGAGAUUUUGUUUUUUCUAAAUACUAAAACUUAGAUAAAUCCUUGGCAAAGGGCCUUUUCCUUCAUAGCAAAGCUAGUAAAAAAUUUUGUUUUUCCUCUUUUUAAAAUUGCAUUAAAGAAUUAGUGCAUCUGGCCUUCUCAUCUUUAGUGAAUGCAGCUGUAUUGAGAAAAGAAAAGAAAAGGGGUAUAUAAUUUCCUACCAACUAGCCUUGUUGAUCACAAAAUUCUAUUCUCUUUUCUAAUGAGAGAAUAUUUUUUAAUAACUUAUUUCACAAAUGUCCAUUUUCAGAAAAUUUUCCCAACUGAAUGCUUAUUCUAAUGAUCUCCAAAUGUCAUGCUUUAGGUCUACUGAUUAGCAGAACUUUUGAUCUAUAGCUUUCUUUGACCAUUAGGCAACUGUUCUGUGAGACAAAUGGCCAGUGUAUUUUUAUCACUAUGUACUCAUUCAUUGGGAGCAACAAAGGAGAUCCUUAAAUACCUGUUUCUUUGCUUUGGUAAUCAAAUAUCAAGUGGAAAGACCCACUGGUUUUGGCGGCACAUUGUUAUACAGGCUUUUGGCAAAUUAAAAAUUCACUGUUCAUGAUGCCUACUGAAGGGGGAAAAAAUUCCCAAAACAUUCUGGACCAGAUUUUGUAAGAUUUUUAAAUCAUUUACUCAGUGGGUUUUAGCCAGAGUGACCAUGUUGAAGGAAAAUAGUCGUUAAAGAUGGUUUAAACAAUGCAUUUAGUACACUAAGCGCUGAUUCUGCUUCCAGACCUGAUAGACUUGCUUAGAAUAACAUUCACCUGAAAAGAAAUCAAAAUACUGAUUUUUAAUUUACUAAGUUUUAAAGUAACCGCUUUGAAAUAUGAAUUAUACUCACAUUGUUUAAUGUAGAGAAACUUUGCAUACUAAAAAUGAAAAAAAAACCAUAUCCAUAACUUCAUAGAAGGACUUAAGAAGAUUAUUAUGAAAGUAAUGAGAUGGAGUCCACAAGUUGCCCAUGAAAAUCAGUCUCAUUGCCUUUAUUACUGAGCCACCUCCCAUUUCUGAACCUCACCUUCCAGGUUUCCAAGGCUUAGAAUUCUCAUUUCUAGAUCACCUAUGGAAUCUGUUUCCCUUAGACCAAAGGAAACACAAAAAGCUAUUGUGGAUAAAAUUGAUGUGUUGUGAAGAUGAAGAAAUCUAGAGUAUUCUUUGAGAAGAACUGUUUUUAAAAAUGGGAGAUGUUGGGGGGAAUGCCUUAAGUACAAGGAGUAUCAUGCGCAUAUUAAAGCUUUGUAACAGCUUCCUAUAAGAAGUCUUCACUCCUUCAGUAAUAAUAUAGUGACUUUUGUCAACAGGAACCAACAUUAACAAAAAUAAUUGAUCAUAAAACUGUAUUUGAAUUAAAAACUACUCAAGUGAUUGCUAUCUCUUAAUAUUAGAAAAACAUGGCUUUUUCUCUUGCUAAAUACUGAAAUACUGAGUCAAUACAGAAAAUUGUCUGAAUCAUUUAUUUUUACAUUACUAAAUCAUUUACUAAGAUAGACACACCUUAUAUUGAAACUCUCAUCAAUAGUUUAAAAAGUCUAGAUUUGGCUAUUUGUUAGCUGAUUCUUUGCAAAUACUGUUGCUAGGAGAAAUAGAAUUUGACAGAAGACCAAGUGAUAAACUUUAGAACUUUUAAUAUUACUUUCAGGAUAUUCCAAACUACCAGGGUCUCAUAGGCUUGUCAAAAAAAUUUCUUUAACUCAAACAUUAAUAAGUUAUUUUGGGAAAAAAAAUACAGUUGAAUAUUUCUGUGCUUUGCCAGAUGUUGUUCCAGUACUUAACAAGGCAAGCUUGUUAAGCUCUGUUUCCCAUCUUUCAAUUUUUAAAGGGCAUUGCAGUGCCUGUAUCCAGCCAGAUGCCUUUUAUUACCAGAAGUUUUGAUGUGCUUCUCUGUAGGGGAAUUCUUUCUAUUUGGCCAAUUUCCCCCUAUGGAGUAUGAAUAGAGGAUGUAGAGUAUUGUAAAACUUACAGAAAAUUAUAUUGAUUGUGAAUAAGCAUAAAUCAAGAGUUUUCUUGUCACAUAGUACAUAUCUGAUAUAUUUCCAGAUGUUGUAAAUAUAUUUUAAACCACCACAUUUAUUGAUUAAAUUAAUGCAUAUCCAUGCAAGCUUCAAAUAUCAAAAAUCAAUCAGAAGGAAAUCCUAAACUGAAAGACAAAAGCAUUAGCAAAUAGUCUUUGAGAAAAAAACCAGGAUGAAUUAAAUAAAUGUUUGAUCAAAAAGAAAAUGGAGCAUUUUUUAGUAACAAUUACUAAACUGCUUUAUUCAUUAAAAAAAAAAAAAAGGCAAUUGAUUGCUAUUCCUGUAUUGGGCAGAAUUUGACUUAACCAUUGAAAAUCUUAAACCCAAUUCUCUUUCUCAUCUCUGCUUCCUGGUUCAGUUCCACCACUAAGUGCCACUCUAAAUGGGAAAAAAUAAAGUUUCUAUGAAUUAUUUCUAUAACCAAUGCCAGAGCUGGGGAAAAAAAAGUUGAAGCUAGAUUUUUGUUGAAAUACUACUCACCUUUUGUAUAUUUUUAAUUUGAAAUAAUCAAGUCCUAAUGUAAUUUUUUUGGAGUUUUUUUGGCCAUUUUAAAGCACAUUUAGUACGUUAAUGCAUAAUAAUACUGAUGUUUGGUGAACAUACUUUACAAAUCCUACUUAAGCAAAGGUUUUUCAGCACCAUAUAGAUUGAGUUUUUAUAUUUUCUGAAGUUGUAUUGAAAUUAAGAGUCUAAUAGUCAUUGUUUAUUCAAACUGCCCUGAAUCUCCUUCAUGUCUCCCCCAAGCCCCCAAAAUGAAACAAGACUCAAAACUCUUUAUUCAUUGUGAAUGAAUAAAAAGGUAUUUAUUAAGUGCUUACUAUAUGUCAAGCACUGUGUUUAACUAGCUGAGAAAUGCAAAUAGGGGAAAAACAAUCUGUUCUCUCUGGAACUUAUAUUUCAGUUGGAAAAUAAAACAGCACAGAAAAAAAAAUUAGUGAAAUGGAGGGAGGGGAAGAGAUAGAAAAGCCUGGAAAUACUAUGGUUAUAGCAGUGGGAGCAAUGUCAAUGUCCUGAGUUCCUUAAAACCACAUAUAUAGGUUUAAUGAUCAUUCCCAGAAUCAUGAGGGUAUAAAUAGCAAGUGAUGCAGGACUUUAGGAGGCAGUAGUGGAGUAAUAAAUGGCAUAAGACCUGUGGUCUUCCAUUUCACUGGAGGAAGUGUAGAAUAUUGAACCCUCAUCUCAACACAUGAACUUUCACAGCCCAGCCAAAGAGGGAAGGGAAUGCCUGAGCUUUGUUAAAGGGAUAAAAAUGAUUAUUGCAUGAAUAGGGUGUUUUUCUUAACUUCAAACAUUCCUAUGUAUCACCUAUGAUUGUAAAGUGUUCUCUGGAAGCUAUUCAGACUGAGUACACAGGAAUUUCCAAGAACUGUGAUUUUUAAUUAAGAUGUGAUCUUGUUGGGUUUCAGGUACGCACCUAAGCUUUAAGUUUUGAAAAUCUUGUGUUUCAAAUGUAAACAUUUUCACUUCUUUCUGUUUGCUGACUACUUUAAUGCCUUUCCUUUAUUCCCAGGCUAUAUAUGUGAUAUGUGUUGCAAAUUAAUAGUCUGAUCCUAACAUCAUUGUAAGAUGCUGAUUAGCUGGAAUGGGCUGUCAUUUGUGAUUUCCAGAAGUUUGGCCAUAGCAAAAGGUUAUGUUAUGUUUACAUUCUCAUAAAUACUGCUGGUAUUUACAAAGUGCUUUUCCAAUGACAUCUUUUAACACAUUAGUUUUAGAGUAGUAGUGUUGCUAAAGAAUACAGGAUAGCCUUCACGUUUGUACUUGCUAUCUCAGUUGUGUGAAACACUAAAUGCACUCUUGAGGUGAUGAAAGUUUUUGCAUUAUCAUAAAAAAAAAGUUUUGAAAUGAUUUUUUAAAUGAAUUUUUAUGAUUCAAAUUUAUUUCAAGGAACUAAACCUUUAGGUGGAACAAAAAGACACUGGCUUUCCCACAAAACUUGUUUGAAAAUUCCCACAUGGCAUUAUGUUUGUUCUAAUCUUUUCUUUACUAAAUCCAAAAUGGCAAAGGAAACAUGGGGAUGUGUAUUUAAUUUGAGUUCUUUUUUUCCCACAAAUGGUAGAAAACUGGCAUCUAAGAGCACAUACACUGAAGCAUGAUUUUAGCUGGUACACUAUAAAGUCUUUGCUGAAACUUAGCUGAAAGGGAAACACGAAAGUCAAGUUUGAAGAGGUGACUAAAGAGAAGAUAAUAUUAAAUGUCACUUUUCAGCUGAUAUAAUUAAUUUAUAUAUUUACAGAAGCCUAAUUGAAGGGUUUUUGUUCCUGUUGUAAGCUAAGAUGUUAAAAUCUGUUAUUUGCAUACUCUAGUAAGCUAAUUCUAAAACAUCAUGUUAAUUAUAUCAUGGCAUAUGGUACUGUAACAUUUAUUUCUUCCUGUGGCACCAUGAAACUAAGUGCUAUGAAAUGUCUAAAUAUCUUAAACACACAAGUCAUCAGACAUUUGAAGCUUCUUUUCCCCUAUGUAUGUGGACUUUUAUAUAUGUGAACUCCUUACUAAGAGUAAAUGAAAAUAUUCUAAAAUUUGUUCUAUAGAAGCCAUUUCUAUACCUCACUAACCAGACCCAUCCACUGGAAAUAAUGUCUUUGCCUAAAACACUGUGAUGUAAUUACCAUGAUGUGUAGAGAUAGAGUGCAUUGUUCUAUCUGGAUAAAGAAAAUUUCCAUCCCUGUCCAAAUGAAUACUCAUAGCCAGAAUUAAGAGUCUGUAUCCCAACCUAGCAAAAGUAGAUCACAACUUGCUGGUGGUGGUCUGCAUGCUGACCAAAAACUGUGCAUGGAUGUCAGAAUGGGUAUAUGAGCCAUCAAAAUAGAGAAAUGAAUAGAAGACUGGUGUGGUAGAUCACUCCGAUGGGCUAAUAUUGUCAAGGAGAAAGAACUUUAAGAUAAUGUCCAGUUUUAUUACAGUUAAUAACUUAAUGAGCUAAAAAUGAUUUUCUAUGUAUGACACUAAGAAAUCUUUGUACAAAAUAUGCACAGUGCAAUAAUUUAAAAAGGUCUUAACUUUGCAUUUAUAAAUUAUAAAUAUUGUACAUGGUGUGUAAUUUUUCAUGUAUUCAUUUGCAGUCUUUGUAUUUAAAAGAAUCCUUUACUGUUAUGUUUGUAUAAUAGAACAGUAUUCAUUUAUUAUGAAUUAGGAAAGUUGUAAAUAAAUUCAUAAACCAAACUGCCACUAUAUAUGCAUAUAUUGGAGUACUAUUGGGAAACCUAUCUUUGUUUUACCUAUUGGAUUAAAGCAGCAAGAAAUCUUUGUGGAUAUGUAAUUAUACAUAUAAAGUAUAUAUAUAUAUGUAUGAUACAUAAAAUAUAUUUAGAAAUAUUCAUAAUUUUAAUGAAUAUAUCCUUUGGUGUGAAUAUUAAUGAAUACAGAGUUUUUUAAAUAUCACUUUCAUGUCCAUCUUUUGCUCUCAAUGGUGGGGAAGAUUAUAUAGACUUUGUAUGAAUUUGUAUUGAUUGGGAGGGAAAGGUUUCCUUAGAGAAUGUUAACGUUAUAAGUUUGUUGCUUAAUGACAGGUUAACAUUUAGUCUACAUUUUGUAUUCUCCCCAAUCAUUUAUUAUUUUUUCUAUGAGAAACUUUAUUGUUGUAACUUACAUUUAUAUAUCAUUUUCUAAAGUGUUUUCAUCCCCAUUAUCUCAUUCAAUCUCCUUAAUUGCCCUCUGUAAUCUAAUAGUUAACUGUCCUAAUUUCAUCCUGGAGAAAUCUGAUUAACAGAAGCAAAAGGACACAAGGCUGUUAAAUAUUACAGUUUGGACUUUAGGCCCUGGACUAAUAAUGCUUUUUGCCCUUUGUGAUAUUUCUCUGAAAUUGUGGGUCCUGGGAAAUGAACUACUCCCCAGAUGACUUGGAAAGUACAGAACCUGCCUUAGCCAAGUAGGAAUAUUAUUCCCUGCAUUAUCAUUCCAGCAUGACAGCAUUCUUAAGUGCCUGAUUCCAUUUAGGAUGUCACUAGUUGACUUAUUUGGCAAACCUUAGCUCAUUCAAUAAUCCAUUGAAAUAGAUCAUUUUGUAACUGGUAAGCAUUAACUUUAUUUCACUGGGUAAGGAAACAGUUGUAGAAGGAAUUAAAGUGUAGCAUUUCUUUAACCAUAUUAAAGGGAGGCUUUAGACCAAAAAUUCUUUAGUGAUCAAAGGAGUACAAUAUAGGGUCUUUUCCUUUUAAAGACUGCUCAGGUGAGCAGCCUACUGCACCAACUAACAAUAUUCGCAUUAAAGUCUGUCUUCUGACUUACAAAGCAUAAGGAACAGUCUAUAUCACGUGAGUAUUCUUUUUAGCAAGUGUUAGAAAUCAAAUUAUUUGUUGUCAUGAAAACAUAUUUUAUAAGCAUUACCAGGGUUGUAAAAUACAGAACUAUUCCUAUGUGAUUUUAAAAAACAGCACCCAAAUUUUGGAGACUAUCAAGAGUCUGUCAAUCAAAUAUUCAGGAGGAAAAAGACCUUUAUUAUUAAGCAUCAACUGACACAAUUUUAUUAAUUAGGAGGAAAUGUACACAAUUUAACCAACUACUUUUUUAGCCAGUUAAUCUUGUAUCCUUAGUACAUUACACAGUACCAGGCACUUAAAAAUCUCAAAAUCUCUCCCUCUUAAGAACAUGUAAGUAAUGGAGGCCUUCUUCUUAAGCACACAUUUCAUCUAUAAAGCUGAAUAAAAUGUUUCUUAAAGUGAUCAGAUGACUUGGAUUCAGUUCCAUUGCUCAUGUGACUAUUUCAAAAAAUGCAUAUUCUCUGGGCCUCACUUUACCUCCUCUUUAAAAUGAGUUAGAUUAGUUUGCUUCUUAAAGUUCCUCCUAGCUCUAAUUCCUGUGAUUUAAAAUUAUUAAAAGAACAAAGUCAAAGAUUAUUACACUGUGUGAAAGGUACUGUCUCAAUUUUAAUUUACAUUUCAGUCACUCAUGCUUCUACUCUUGUCUUCAUCCUAACUGCUUUGGAUGAAGGGGGCAGAAUAAGGCUUUGCAUCAACUACAGGAGCCAACCAGUCAAGAAGAGUAGAAGAGUAGCAGUUUCUGAGAAGGGAAAACAAUCCAGUGGAAAAUAGGAACUGAUACACUAGGCUUGAAUUUAGAACUUCCCCAGUCAACAGUUAGUUCACCUUUUAUUCUUUGAUUUACUUUUGAAAUACCUGCUUCUUAAUUCAGAAGAAAGAUGAAGAGGAAUUACACAAAAACUUUGCAGACCUAGGAGAAACAAAGCAUGAUAUCCAAAUGAAGAAGAGUCAAAUAAGAUACUGCAGCCAUAAUAAAAGUAAACUUCAAUGUUAAUGAACUGGAUUCAAAGUAAUAGAAAAAACCCUCUGAAUUAGAGGAGAAUUUUUUAAAUGGAUUUUAAGGAUAUAUUUUUAAAACCAAAUCAAAUUAGAAGAUAUGGAUGCCAGUGUACAUUCAUUUCCUUCAUUCUAUUCUAAGACCAUAAGUCUUCAAAUGAUUUCAAUUUUGUUCAGAAAUAAUAUAUAUGACUUAACAGAUAUAGUACUACAUUUUGUUUUUCCCCAAGAGCUCGAUUUUAUUAACAAUGCUUUCUGGUUAGUCUUGGAUUACAUAAUACAAUGAAACAAUGCCCUUAGUUAAUUUAUAAUAUAACAAUAUGGAAACAAUAUGAAAGGACCCUAAAGAUCAUCUGGCUCAAUCUCAAAUAUAUUGUUAUUUAAAUGAGAUAUUUGUAUUGAGAGUAUAAAGCACAUAGUACAGUACCUCAUACAUAAAAGACACUAUAUGAACAGAUGUUUAUUCCCUUCUACUUCCUACCCUUUGCCAGAAUCCUUUUUACUGCACUCGUGAUUGACUUAUCCACCCUAACACUGAGCCAAAAGCUAUCAUUACUAUCCUCAGUCCUAAUUCUUUUUAUUAUAGCAAAAUACUGGCUACUUUUCUCCACCUAAGUCCUAUUCUUUUUAGCUUUUAUGUGCUCCAUUUCAUGUCUAUUUCUGACUAAAUAUUUUCUAUUUCCAAUUUCUCCAAUUUUUUUUUCCCCUGGAGUGCUGUCCAGAAUUCUUUCUUUCCCUGAUAAACAGUCUUAGAUGCACUCUACAUCUUGUGUGUCUGCAGAAUUUUGUUCCAUUCUCCAAAAGUACUGGUCUGAGUAAUUGUGAGAAGCAACAUAGGAACUUUUCUAUGUAUUAGGUUAACAUCCACAAAUGGGAGUUCAUUUUGUCAGUGAAAAGUGUGGGCAGUUUUUGUGUUCUUGUAGAAUAUUUCCUAAUCCAAGCAUGAAAAAAAGGAUAAACUGAAAUCUUUAAAAAUAUUCCAAAAGAAAGAGAAUCAGGACAGCCUGCUUAUGCUAUUGAGUUAGCUUGGUGAGCUGCCCAAGUUCCCAAUCAUAUUCUUUUCUUAUCAUAAAAAUAAAGUGAAAUUGACUGAUUCAAUUCUAUUCUUCUGUUAGUACCCUAAAGGAAAAUGUUUUGGUUUAUUUUUAGAUUUGCUCUCAAAAAAAUCAUCGAAUGUUAUAGCACUCUCAUUCAGGAAUAAACCUUGAAAAGUAAUCUAGGGACAGUUAGGUGGUGCAGAAAUAGAGCACCAGCCCUGAAGUCAGGAGGACCUGAGUUCAAAUCUGACACUUAUUAUUCCUAGUUGUAUGACCCUGGACAAGUCAUUAAAUCCCAAUUGCCUCAGAAAAAGAAAAAAAAAAAAGGUAAUCUAUUUGUUGUGUCAUAGGGAGCAGUAGCCACACACAUAAUUCCACUGAAUUCAUAUAUUGGCAAUAAUGCCAAUUUUUAUUAACAAUGAAUAACAGGAAAUUGUUAACAAACAUAUACAUUUGAAACCUACUCUUAAACUGUUUUAAACAAUAAGGAUGUACCUCAAAAAUGAACUAUUACAGGAGGCUCUUAGUGCUUGUAUUUGUGUUUCAAGGUGCUGAGAUUGUGCCAGAGGCAUAUUCCAAUAUAGUAAUAAAGCCGUGUAUUUCAUUUGAAAAUUGCUGGGAUGUUAUGAAGGAAUUCCAUUGUCUUUUUUUAAGGUCCCUUUAGUUCCACUCAGAUGGAAUUAAAUAAUGUUUUCUAAAACUAUCUUUGUUGUGUAUUUAAAAAUAAAUAUAACUUUUGUGGAAA